AUUGCGCUCACGCUGGUGGCUCAAAGGUAAGUUCCUAAAACAAGGAACGAAGGAGAAGCAGACAAAGAAAGAAAGGCGCACUGUUCACCCUCUGCUAUUGCUGCAUCCCAUGUAAUACAAAGAUGACAGAAGCAGCUAAUGGAUUGAUUCCUGAGGUUACGUCUGCCCUGGGGCUUCAUUGCAGACGCUAUAAUCACAGAGUGUGACUGAGUUGUAUGUGCCACAGACUCCCUCCUCUCCUUUUUCCUUUACAAUUUCCUCAUUCGCCCGGCUCCAUUCCCCUGGUUCACUCUCUCCCUUGGAAGAAAAGGUGAAAGUGACACCUCUUCUCUCUUGCCCUAUAUAUAUUCAACCAUUGCUGCCACCCCUUUUACUCCGACUCCCUCCCCUUCUACGCCACCACCAAAGGAAGAAAAUUACUGCGUUCUUCCUCAGGCUCUUAGCCUCUUUCCCAUCGACCGAACAAGAAGCCAGCCGAUUAUUUCAUCUGAUCUACUCUUUUCAGGCGAGGAAUUGGCGAUCCAAUGAAGUCACUGGAGAGUUCGAAGGUUGUGAGCUCCAGCGACUUUGAAGUGAAUCGGACUGGAACUGAGGUGGCAGAGAAUGCAGGCAAGAUGGUGCUCAAGAGCGAUGGUCAUGUCACCAAGGAUGGAUCUGUUGAUCUGCGCGGACGGCCGGCCAUAAGGGAACUCACCGGAGGAUGGGUGUCCGGAAUCCUGUUACUUCUGAACCAAGGACUUGUGAUGCUUGCCUUCUUCGGGGUCGGUGUGAAUCUGGUGCUGUUCCUGACAAGGGUGAUGCAGCAGGGCAACGCAGCGGCUGCCAACAGCGUGAGCAAAUGGACGGGGACGGUCUACAUAUUCUCCCUCGUCGGUGCUUUCCUCAGCGACGCCUACUGGGGGAGAUACAAAACCUGUGCAAUCUUCCAAGCCAUCUUCGUUGUGGGCCUCCUUCUCUUGUCACUGUGUUCUUCCUUGUUCUUGAUCAGGCCGUCUGGUUGUGGCAACGAAGCUCUCAAGUGCCGGCCUCACACUUCUUGGGAAAAUGGGCUGUUUUAUCUCUCCAUCUAUCUCAUCGCCCUAGGGAAUGGAGGGUACCAGCCAACAAUAGCAACAUUUGGAGCUGACCAGUUCGAUGAAGAAGACCCCAAGGAAUCACACUCUAAGUUAUCAUUCUUUAGUUACUUUUACUUCGCACUCAAUUUAGGCUCUUUCUUCUCCAAUACCAUAUUGGCCUACUUCGAGAACUCUGGAAGCUGGAGCCUCGGGUUCUGGACAUCGACCGGGUCCGCGACCUUGGCCUUGCUUCUCUUCCUUGCCGGCACGUUCAGGUACCGGCAUUUCAAGCCGUCCGGCAAUCCUCUGCCGCGUAUCCUUCAAGUGUUCACCGCCGCUGCAAGGAAAUGGCAUGUUGACGUGCCAAUGAGUGGAGAGAAACUGUAUGAGUUGGCAGGGAACGAGUCUGCCAUUUCUGGAAGCAGGAAGAUUUUGCACAGUGAUGACUUCCGUUUCUUGGAUAAGGCUGCCACAGUGACUCCCUCAGACCUCACGCUGGAGACCGGAAAGACAGAUCCAUGGAGGCUCUGCACCGUAACCCAAGUAGAGGAAGUCAAGUGUGUGAUUAAGAUGCUUCCUAUCUGGCUCUGCACCAUCCUCUACUCCGUCGUCUUCACUCAAAUGGCCUCCCUGUUCGUGGAACAAGGCGCGGCCAUGAACACCAAGAUCGCCGGUUUCCAGAUCCCUGCAGCGAGCAUGUCGGCUUUCGACAUUUUAAGCGUGUUGGUGUUCAUAUUCGUAUACCGAAAGGCGCUCACUCCACUGGCGGCGAGAUUCACCGGCAACCCCAGGGGGCUGACAGAGCUGCAGCGCAUGGGCACAGGACUGGUUAUAGGAAUGUUGGCAAUGGUGGCUGCCGGCGUGGUAGAAUUGGCAAGGUUAAGUAAGGUAAACUCGGCUUCAGCAGAGGGCUCGUCACUGAGCAUAAUGUGGCAGAUCCCUCAGUACAGUCUGAUUGGGGCAUCAGAGGUGUUUAUGUACGUUGGCCAGCUGGAGUUCUUCAAUGGGCAGGCACCGGAUGCGCUGAAGAGCUUUGGGAGUGCCCUGUGUAUGGCUUCCAUCUCCUUUGGAAACUAUGUUAGUAGUUGGCUGGUGAGCAUAGUCAUGUGGAUCACCACAAUGAAGCAUAGCCCUGGCUGGAUACCAGGGAACUUGAACCAUGGGCACAUGGAUAGGUUCUAUUUCCUUCUGGCAGGUCUCAGUGUUGUUGAUUUUGUGGUCUACUUGUUGUGUGCAAAGUGGUACAAUUAUAUGUCUUUUGGGAGCCAUAUUAUUGGUGAAGAGGACCAGGAACAAGAAUCAGAACCCAUCAGACUGCCAGAGUCAGUAUAAUGAAAGGGAGAAGGGUUGAACUUCCACUUUUCUUUGAGUGGGAUAGUCAGGCCGGCCGAUGCUUGCCAGUGAAGAGAAAGAGGACUCUUUCUCUCUCUCUCUCUGCCGCUACAUUAUUGGUUUUUAUCCAUGGUGGCUUGGUAUUAAUGUUUACUACUUUUAUGAAUGGAAGCCUUAUUCACCCUUGAGUGGGUAUUGUUGUGCUCAAUAAAAGUCAGCAUUACAACU